AUGGCUUUAACGUACAGCAAUUUUUUGGAAGACUAUCCCAUAAGUCAUGUCCUUAAUCAGCGUAUAAUCGGCCCUAUUGGAAAUUGCCAAAUUAAUCCGCCCUCAGGAUCUGAAAUUUUCGUCAGUCGUAUUCCGCUCCAUUAUACGGAAGUAGAAUUAUUUUCAAUUUUUUCAACCGUCGGAAAUAUUUUUAAACUCAGAAUAAUGCUUCGUGAAUGUACAUCGGCGUAUAUGUUUAACCGAGGGUUCGCAUAUAUCACUUAUACAACCCCAGAAGAAGCGGAAAGAGCAGUUAAUGAAAUCACCGCACAAAAUAAUAAAUAUACUGGUAAAUAUUUAACUGUUGAAUUAUCGCAUGAUAAUUGUCGAUUAUUCGUCGGGGGUAUACCGGAACAUAAGACCAAAGAUGAAGUUUGGAAACAACUUUUAAUAUCGGGAUUUGAAGGUAUCGUUGAGAUUAUCAUGUAUAGAGCGUACACCAAUCGCGCUGUAAACCGGGGCUACGUUUUUGUUGAAUUCGAAACACACCAGAAAGCUGCCCAAGCUAGGUACUUGUUUCAAAACUUCAAAUUGUGGGAUUCCAAAUUAACCGUGGAUUGGUCGACGCCUUUACCAAGAAUUGAUGAAGUCACAUUAGCUAAUAUAACGAAAUUGUUCUUCAGAAACAUGAGUGUAACUGAAUUACCAGAACAAUUUAACGCUACCUUAACCCGUGUUUUAGAUGGAAUGCCUUUGAGGAAGGUGUACAAAUUUAAAGAUUACGCUUUUGUACAUUUUUAUAAUCGCAAUGAAGCAGAAAAAGCAAAGAAGAAAUUAACAGCAUAUUAUGCAAAUAGUGUCGUUGAAAUUUCAUGGGCUACACCACAAAACAUGGCCCCUAAAAAACAUUAUUGCACUUUACCAACUCCAAUCAAAAACUCAAAUAUUAUGUCUAAUAAGAAAUCCCCUCAAUCUGGGCAGUCCAGUUCCAUAUGUGAAUCAUCAUCAUCAUCAGAUCACUUUCAAUUAUUACCUCGUCAACUUUCUCCAACACCUAUGAAAGUUUGUAAUCCGUUACUUAAUAAUCAACCUGAGCAAUUUGAUUGGACAGAUUUCUUACAUCAAUCAUCACCUGUAAAUUGUUUUCAACAAUUACACAAUCAGUUUUCUUCUACGCCAAUUAAUAAGACCAAUCGUGUUAUUAAUAAUGGAGUUGUAGAAUCUGAAUGGCCAGAUUUUUUAAGUGAUUCUUCAUCUUUAGAUCGUUAUCUACAAUUACCUCAGUGCUCAACACCAAUCAACAAAUCCAAUCUGUUAUUUAAUAAUAGUUCUCCGCAGCCUGAAUACGCCUCUUACAGUGGUCAGUCAUCUUCGUCAUCUGUGAAUUACCAACAGUUAUUUUCCCCUCACUAUUCACCUAUACCAAGUCAAUAUGGUGUUGAUGUAAUGAAUCAUUCACCAUCAUACUCAUCUCCCACUCAACCUGCCAUACUGCAAAGAAAUCCAUCAACCAUACAAUCUUUGGAUUAUCUGCACUUAGUUCGCCCCAAAUCUCCCAUUCAAACAGUUUCAAAUGGAAUGAACAUUGAAAAUUCAUCAUUCAUUGACAGCGGUUUUUGUUCUCAUUCGGAACAACUUAAUUUAUCAGCUAUUAAAGAUGAAUAUCUUCCUCUCGAUCAGGUUUUUAGAACGUUAGCCAUAUCGACCAAUGUCAUGACUUCUAACGAUUCUAAAAUGCCAACAUUUUCAAAUGAGAGUGGUAUCCAAAGUUGA